AUGCACGACAGUAACGUUUGUAAUUUUGUUACUCUCACAAAUCUAGUCCUUUCAAAAAAGUCCAUAGCAUUAUCUGAGAUUUUAAAUCAGAAGCGAUCGACACCUGUAGAAAAACCAGUAUCAAUCGUUCGCGUCAAUGUUCAAUAUCAAAGACAAGAUGGUAAAUGGAUCGAUUGUUUAAAUGCAAAAAUCACCAAAGCAUCUACACAAUCCGAUAACAAACCAAAGUUAGGUAGCACAAUCUUAAAUGCUGACCCGGAUAGAGUUGUGGCAGCAUCUGUCGAAACUACGAUUCUAGUGAAAGGUAAACCUAACAGAACGGAUGCAACUCGUACUUGUGCUCAUCGAAGUUUGCCACUGACAUUGAAAUUGAGGAUCAUUUUUGUUGAUAAUCUAACGAAAACAUGUUCACUCAUCGUUGAACAAAUCAAUGAGCCUUUCGAUUCGAUCAUGAAAGAAGCUCUCAGGGAUAAACGCAAGGACAGUAUGAAAAGACUAAUUGCCUUUAUGUCCGCGGACGAUUGUGAAUAUGAUGGACGUACUUUCACUGCAAUCUAUAUUUCGAACAAUGAUUUGCUGUUAAUCGAUGAUGGAAUGAAGAACAUUUAUAUAGAAAAAUCACAUAUUCACACAAUGAAAUGGAAAGCGAAAAAAAAUAAAAUAACUGAAGAAUCUACGAACUAUGUCGGCGAUUCACAAAUCCAAUUAUUCUCGAUGUUCGACGCAGAAACGUAUCUCUUCUAUGCGGUUCGUAUUGAGCUAGCAACAAUAAUAUUACAAACCAUAGAAACAGUACUUUUACCACUGAAUGAAAUAAAAUAA